GGUGGGACGCUGCAAAACCUGACAGGAGGAAAACGGGGUCGCUGGUCUGUUGUGGACAUUUACGGCCGCUAUGGCUUCCACCCCCUCCGCGUCUGCCUUGUCUGCUGUUCUCCGGUGUCGCGGGAAUAUCUGGGCCAGGAGUCCGCAGACCAAGCGGCCUUCGACCUCGGCGUACAGCCUUGGACUGGCCGGCGGCGUGGUGCGCGACUCUCCAGCUGAGGAGUCAACGUGGGGGUCUUUUCUCCGUGGAGAGCGUGUUAUUGUAGGAAGAAGAGCGGCGGUGGCUUACGAGUUCUCUCGGGUUGAUGGUAAAGAUUUAAAGGACAUGAAUUCACCAAGUCACCCAAGAGUUUCGCAAUCCUCAGGGCGCGCGUUCUCAGCUGUGCCUGCCGUCCAAAACGCGCUGGUGCGUCAACUGACACGCACACUGGCACCCAACCUGCCUAGGAUAGAUAAAUGCUCCAAGAUUAUUCAAAGAGUCAAGUAUAAAACCACUGCUGAACAUCUCUGUAAGGUAGUUUUUGUUGAAGGUUGCAGUAAAUCCCAGGUUGGAGUUUUGAAAGUGUCCAUAACACCUCCGUGUUUAGUGGAAAAUACAGGACAAGUACCAUCUUUCCUGGUAACUGGGUGGUCAACACUGAAGAGCACGUGUCUGUCUCUGACUGCUCUGGUGUCUCAUUUCAUGUCUAUGAAGCUGGUUUGUAGGUUAAGCAGCAAUCACGAGGAUGCUUCUGGGCCUCUCCUGAACCAACAAGAGGUCAAAACCAGCAGAAACGAAGACCUGCAGGUGAGCCUGAUGAGACUUCAUAUAAUAUCUUUAUUUUUAUGGCACUUUUAAAACAGAAGUUUACAAAGUGCUUUGACAAACAGCUGUAAAGCAUCAGCACAUGGAAAUAAAAACAAAAGCUCAGUUAAAACCAAGGCCUCCGCACUGAAGGCCAAAUUCACUUGUCAAAAGAAACCCAGACAAUACAAGAACCCUACAACAUAAAAUGAGACCAUGAGGACCAAAAUGAAAACAUAAAAUAGGUAAGAAAAAGAAAUGUAGUAAAAAAAAGGGAGGUAGAAGGCAGGAAACAAGAUAGCAAAUAUAAAAAGACGAUAUUAAUAAUGAUAAUAAAAUCAUAUUGAUAACAAAAAUGAGCAGGAAAAAACAAAAUCAAUAAAAGGCCCAAAAGGUUAACUAAGAAAAGAUUAUAAGUAAAACAAAGGCUAAAGUCGAAAUAAGAUAGAGGUCAAAAAGAUAAAAGAGAAAAGACAGCAUCACAUAAAAGCAAGUCUGUAAAAGUGAGUUUUUUAAUUUGACUUAAAAGAAGCGACUGUCUCUGCUGUACGCCUGAUCUCCUCUGGCAGGUCGUUCCAAAGUCGAGGAGCUCUGGUGGAGAAAGAUCUGUCACCUUUAAGGUCCUUACACACUGGGAAUGACGCAAAUAUACGACGCGAAAUUAUGAACUAUUCUGAGGCAAAUUUUGACGCGCCUGACUGUACAUGUCAAGCGCAAUGCGAUUUUGCACCUUUCCAGGGGGAAAAAAGAUGCGUCCCGAGUGGAAGCGAGAAGACAGACACAACAGCAGACUGAGUGUUUUCAGUUCUGAUUAGACUCUAGUGUUGAGAUGUCUGUCUGUCAUGAUAGCAUGUCCUGAGUCGGGGCCAGUACCAGAUAAGAACAUUAAACUGUAAUCCAUAAACGUAAGGUAACAACUGAGACCUAAUGGUGCUGUGACAGCAACGCUGUGAAUGAGUUUGAGACAGUGAAAAUACAUAUUGUAUGUUGUAUCUGAACAGGUUAGCUUUCGAGCUAAAGUUACUUAGCACAGAUGAAAUUUAAAACAAAGACGUAUAGCAAACUGUUAAAGCACACAAACCAUCGUCAUAUGAGCGAUCCGACGCUAUGACUCUCCACAAGUUGUCCUUCAGGUCGUUAUCUAUGUAAUAUUUGUGUUUUUUAUGAAAAAGCACUCUGUUCUCCGACACGUAAACAAUCAGCCGGUCGGCCAUGUUGGAUAUACCAGAGAUAAAAAAAGGAGCAAGCCUGUUUAAAGAUUUAUAAGUUAAUAACAAAAUUUUAAAAUCAAGAGUUUUUGUCUACUAAAGUUCUAGUUUAAUUAUGCUUCCUUAAAAAGUGGUUCUCCCUGAACUAAAACACGUCAUAGCUUCAGACUGAACAUGAUGUUGUCGCUAAGGUAUGUUUGGCAUUUGGUGUUCUCGGGUCAUGUUAGGCCAUAAGUUAGCCUAGACUCCCACUACUUUCCUUAAAUACUGUUUUUAUGAGGCUUUGGCCAAUCAGAAUCGAGGAUUUUAAGAUGGACAGGUCACAAACCAGCUAUUAACCAGUAAUCUUAAUUUCUUUGGAUACAAUAAACACCGAGGUAACAACAGACAGAGCUUCAAACUUAGCAACCUCAGAGGGAUCCCAAAGCAGUCAAAGAGAUGCAAAUGAAGAUCUUAAAUAAGCAAAUCAUCAAUUAUAGUAUUGUUUAUUUGACUGCAUGUGUUCAAUACAUCUAUGCUGCAAGUCCUUUGAGUGCUUUAAAAGUAAUCAAUAAAAUCUUAAAAUCAAUUCUAAAAUUGACAGGAAGCCAGUGAAGGGAGGCUAAAAUUGGAGUGAUGUGAUGGCGUCUACUAAAACCAGUUAAAAGCCGAGCUGCUGCAUUCUGAACUAGUUGGAGGCGGGAUAUUGAUUUCUUAUUUAGACCAGGGAGGGGGGAGUUACAGUAGUCCAAUCUGAGAAAAUGAAAGCAUGGAUUAUUGUUUUAAGAUCUGCUGGGUGAGUUAAUUUGUUUCAUUAACUCACCUUUACAAUGACAGCACAACAUUUGUGUUGCUUUAUGAGACACUCGGUCAUUUCUGUCUUUUACUCAUUCUUUUCCAGGCAAAUGGUCAAACCCCCAGUCCCACCGAACUCGCCCCCACCAAGAACAACAGCGGCUCAGGACAGAGGAUCACAGAGGAUAGACCUGGCUGAGAGUCCAAGGCCUCAGCACCAAAAACACACACUGUGUUCUGACCUUAUUUAUUGACUUUUGCCAAACACACAUGCUGCAUUUGGACUUCAGUCCCCCGCAGUAAAACAAGAACAACAAAUGAACGUCUUAGAGCACUUUUGUUUUGAUCCACUGCUGAAGGAAAAGCCAACAAAACUGUAAGAAUGAAAAUCUGUGAUACCGAUACUUAACACACAUGCACUGUUUGAAGCCUUAAAUGUUGUACUUGAAGUUUUCACAGCCUCCUGGUGGAUGAUUAAAUAAUUACAGAAAAAUGCAUUUCUUGGCAUAUCUUGUAUGUUUAGCACUAAAACUUUGCAGGAUUACAUUUCAAAAUCGACAAGAGCGUUGGCACAAAAUUGCACCAAAACCUCUUCAGAGUAAGUGGACUGUAUAAACUUGAUAGACUUGUAAAGAAAAGUAUUGUUUCCACAUGUGCUUUAAAGAUGUUACUUUAUUUUCAGUGGAGAAUAUACAAAAACUAUGUGAGCUGACAAUUACUCAAUGGCAUUUAGAUAGUGUACAUCUACUUUAAUGAUGCCCAUCUGGUUUGGAGAUUUACUAUAAAUAUCACGGUCUUGAUUACCACUGAAAUAAUACAAGGAGGCAUGACUGAAAUAGUGACGCUGUGACUCAUAAAUAGAUAAAUAAUUCUGUCUUGCAUCCUAAAAUAGACUAAUGAAAGACGUUAAAUGAACUUAAAGGAUUGCAAAUGAUCUAGUGCAGGCUGACUUUCUAAGACUGUAACAGACAGUUUCUCACAAAACCACAUCAAUUAGGGUCAAACACACAGUAACACCAAGGUAGACACCCCAUCAAGAGAUAAAUGUUGCCGACCGCUUGCUUCUCUAGUUAUACCAACUUUAGUAACAACCGCAGGAUAACAAUACACAGCUGUCUGAGGAGCCAUAAACAAACCUCAACCAAAACGCCACUCUAUAGCCACAAAUAAUGCUCAGAACAGCACCUAACUUCAUCAACAGGACAUAUAGGGUCCCAGCCAUAGUACUAGCCACCAAACAUCUUCACAUGAUCAUAAAUGUUCUCCCUUGAGCUGCGCCACCCCGCUGUAGCGUUUGAUUGACUGGCCUGAGGUCUCGCUACAAACAAGCGGCUGCUGGGAGAGAGUAGGUGAGUUGUGUUAAGUCUCAUUGCUGAAGAAAUUAGUCAAAGUUAAAAAGAUGUUUGGUGGCUAGUACUUUGGCUGGGACCCUCUAUGUACUGUUGAUGAAGUUAGGUGCUGUUCUGAGCAUUAUUUGUGGCUGUAGAGUGGCGUUUUGGUUGAACUUUGUUUAUGGCUCCUCAGACCACUGUGUAUUGCUAUCGUGCGGCCGUUACUAAAGUUGGUAUAACUAGAGAAGCAAACGGUCUGCAACGUUCUACUCUCGACAGGGUGUCUAACUCUGCGUUAUGGUGUGUUUGACCCUAAAUUAAUUUUACGCUGGUAUAUCCCUUUAACCUGCUCGUGAACGCAUCAAAAACGAUAAACCAUCCGUGUUAAAAGGAAUGUUUUCUGCAUCAUAUCUGAACAAUGUUUUUCUGUUAAAAGUUUCAGUUCUCUUUAUUUUUUGAAUACAUGAUUUGAAACUGCAGGGAGUAUCCUUCACAGUGGUUUUGCCUACUAGAAAGGGGAAAUGAAUAACACUAUUUUAGCACUUCCUCAGAGUUAAUACCACUCAAAGUGCUUUAAACCACGUCAUAUUCACCCACUGGUGGCAGAGGCUGCUGUGCAGUGCGUAGAGCUGCACGGGAUCUGAAUUCACUCUCACACACAGAUGGCUUCACCUUUUGACUUUGACGUGUGAACAGCAAGAAGCAAGGAUCAAACUGUCAAUCUACUGAUUCAAAGAAGACGUGCUUUAUCUCUGGGCCACAGUCAUCCACGACUGCUUCACACGCUUUUAUGGUUGGAAACAAAGGGUAUCAAAAUUAUGCAGCAAGUCGAAUUUUGGUUGAGGUUCAAUCUAGUUUCUUCUUCUUAAAAGGAUGACAUGUUUAUCUGUAAAACCUUGGCCAAUCAUGCUUUUUAUAUUUCUUGUAUUUUAGCGUCAAUUUAAGUAUGUGAAAGAUAUUGUUCUAUGUAGCUUGGUACCAUUUUGUUUAGAUAAAUCAUAUAAUGUGGUUUUUACUACUAUUGUUGCACAACAGGGCAGGGUGAAGAAACUGUUCCUGCCCCAUGGGGAUUUAUUUUGCACUGAAACAUGAAUGCAAGUAAACCACAACAGCCACUCGGUAUAAUGCACGAUAAUGAGAAUACAUGAACCAUGGUCAUUAAAAAGUACAUUAUCCAAA